AUGAAAUUAUUUUUGGUGCUAAUUGGCACAUUGUGCCUUUUCAAAGGAUCUGUAUCACAAGGAUUUUUAUCACCAUUCAAUGAUUUGGUGGAUUUUUUAUAUGUUGGAAAAGUUCUGGAACAUAAACAGCCAAACCACUUUAAUCCACAUAGAAGACAAUUUUCAGUUGGUCAGUCACCACCAUUUAUAUCAACAGGACAACAAUCACAUGGAAAUCAACACAGAUUUAAUAUUCCUCAAGGAAAACAAAGUCAAUAUGUAAUUCAGCAAUCACCCAGUGUUGAAAUUCCUCUCAAUUCAAUACAACAAAAAACAAACCAAAGGCAACAUAGUGCUGGUGUUCGAUUUCCUGAUAAUAGUAAUCAAUUUCGUGGUGCCAAUCCUCCGCAACAACAACACCAUACUCAAACGAGUUUUAUACCGAACUUCUCACCUCAAUCUACAAUUCAAACAAUUCAAUCACAACAGCAGCAACAACCUCAUAAUGUGCAGCACCAAAGAUCCAUACAGAACCAAUUGAGGGUGCCACAAAGUCCAUUCGAUCCUCAACAAUCUCAACAACAACCUCAGCAGCCACUUUUGCAAAAGCAAACACUAGGAACAAUUCGUGAACAGUAUAUACAACAAGUCGGUCCUCAACAAGCUUUACCAGAAAGGGUAUUAAAUUCACAUUUUAAUCCACAAAAUUUACUUGCACCUGCAAGUAAUUUACAGCAAAAACAUCAACAACAACAGCAACACCAUGCAUUGCAAGUUCAACAGGGCGUAUUUCCCCAAGGUCAAUCUCCACCAACUUUACAACCUCCACCCCAAUUUCAAAACAACGCGCAACAAAUACAACCACCAAAAUCUCAGCAAUUGCCAAUUAUUGAACCAUCAACUCAACAAUAUUUUACACAAACCCAACAAACCUUCCAACAAAAACCAGUUUUUCCAACCGCCCCACAUUUGACAUCUGCACAGCAGUUUGGGAAUGGACAAUUUGUGCCAUCGUCGCAACCACAAUUACAAUUUUCAAAUAUUCCUCAGCUAGAAAUACAGCAGACUUUACCUCAAGUUCAAAAUGUUCAACAAUUUAGAACACCCCUUCCACAACAAUUAGUUCCACAACAACCAAUUCCUCACCAGCAAUUCGCAAGUCAGCAACAACAAAUUCUUCAUGGUCAAAUACCUAAUCAACAGUUCACGCAUCAACAACUGCAUACGAUACAGCAAGAACUACAACAACAACAAUUUCAGCAACAACAACUACCUAACUUUUUGAGUGUAGCACAAUUCCAGCAACCUACGGCAACUCAAUUCCAAUCAUCGCCUCAACUAUCAGUUAAUCCGAACUUUCAAAAUCAUCAACAAUUACAACCUCAAAACAGCAAUCCUAUACAGCAGCAACCUAAACAAGAAAAAGUUUUAGUUCAGCAAAAUGGAAAUAUCUUAUUCUCAGGAUCUGAAACUCCUGGUAAUUCGCAAUUCCAAACCAUUAUAAGUCCAAUCCAAAAAACUACUGUCGAUCAAGAACUAAAAUUGAAACUUAAAAAAGAACAUGAGCAAUUUGUCCAAAAACAAUUUGAGAAACAACAAAACAAAGUUAAACAACUUCAUGAUGAAUUUAUUCAAAAACAGCAACAAAUCAAGGGAACUAGUACAAUUAAAGAAUCAUUCUUUGAUUUAACAACACCCACCUCAAGAGGUCGUCCAAUAAUUCAUCCAUCUGAAUCUGAAUUAUUUAAUUUAGCAGUAAAAAAAUAUAAUGAAGAACACCCUACCACUCCAACAACAACUACAACUUCAGAAAAAAUUAAAACUUCUGACCAAGAUCCAUAUGAAAUAUUACUGCAAGCACAACGGAAAGACAUUUAUAGUCAAUUGAAACUUGAAACUGACAAAUCGAAAUUAUCAAAAACUAAAGCUGGUAAGCCAUUAGGACGUGACGAAUUACUUAAACAGCUUAAAGCAGCUCUCGCCGAAUCUUCUCAAAGUCAACCGGCUAAUAAAACUUAUGAAGAAACCGAUUUAGUUUUACCAAAUGGACAACGAGUUCAAGUAAUCCGUACUAAUAACCCGAAUUUAAUACCAAAGGACCAAUUACAGUCGGUUAUUACACAACAAGAGCUAAAUGAACAAAAUUUAAAACAGAAGCAACAAGCUCAACAAAAAUUGGUUACAACUUCUAAGAAAUCUCAAUACAAUUUCCCAGCCGAUCUACACAAAGUGGCACCUAAGGUUUCUCAAGACUUGGUUCUUCCAGAUGGCAAGAAAGUCGAGAUUAUUAGACAAAGCUCUCCCAGUUCUGGAGGUUUUGAUUUAUCGCAACUUGCUAACUUAUACGGAGGGGCAGCCGUUGGGUCUGAUGACACUAACAGUUUAGCAAGUUCGGCUGUUAUCACAUCUGAUUCAGAUGAACCACCAUCUUUAGAAGAACUUGCAAAACGUGGACUGAUUCCGGAAGGUUAUGAGAUUCAAGGUCUUUCAAGUAGUAGUUCGAAACCAAAACCAACACAACCACCACCUACUAAAAAGAAAGCAACAUAUGUUUAUUUAGAAGAACAACCUGACGGCAGCUUCAAAAUUCAAGGAGUAAAGGCUAAUGGCGAAAAAGAUACAAAAACAACUGGAAGCGAAGUCGAAAGCAUAUUAGAAAGAAUUAAGAGCGGUGAAAUCAAACUUCCGCCAACCGUGAAGAGAUUGCAUUUACCAUCAGAGGACGAAGUUCUAGAACAAUCAACGAUUUCUUCCACUACUACUACAACAACAACAACAACAACAGCGUCACCUCCGUUACCAACAUCGACAUAUACGCCAAGAGUAACAUUCCCCAGCAGUACUGCUUCACCAUAUUCUACAGUUGUCCCAUUGAUUAAUAGAUCAAGUCAAGGUCAUACUGCAACAUAUCGUUCAACAACACUUCCAUCUCGAACAACACAUAACGAAAUAUAUACUAGUUCAACUCAUAAGCCUGUUACAGAAAAAUUAACGGCGACAACUGAAAAACAAUUUGAACAACAGACAUCAAAUCCUGGAGAAGAUUUAGUACAAAUUCUAAGACAAAACGGACUUUAUGCAAUGUCUAAAUACCUAAAGCAGUCUGGUCUUGAUAGUAUUCUAAAUGAAACAGGACCAUAUACAGUUUUUGUACCAACUGAUAAAGCGUUCAAAAAUCUUUUGAUUCAACUUGGUGGACCUGAAAGAGCCGAAGAGAAAUUCAAAUCAAAUCCAAGAUUAUUAAGCGGGCUUCUAUUGCAUCAUGUUAUUCCUGGUGCUUUUGAGGUAUCAUCGCUACAAGAUGAAAUGACAGGAGUUUCUUUGGCUGGAACACAAUUAAGGGUCAAUCAAUACACAAUGCAUGACCAGGAAUGGAAUGACGUUUUAAUUACCACAAUCAAUGGAGCUAUGAUUGUAAAUGAAAAGAAAGACAUAAAAAUACCACAAGGAAUAGCACAUGGUGUAGAUCGGGUAAUGUUUCCCUUACCAGUUGGUGAUUUACUACAAACAUUGCAAUCAGAUCGUGAAAAUCGAUUUACAAAUUUCUUAAAGAUUCUAUACACAUCUGGAAUGUCAGAAAUUCUUCAAAACAAAGGAACUAAAACUUAUACUGUAUUCGCUCCAACUGAUAAGGCAUUCAAUGAACUCGAAACAGAAGACCUACAAAAAUUAUUAACUGAAAAAGAUUUAGCAGAGUCAUUUGCCAUGAAACAUAUAAUGCCAACAACAUUAUUCUCAGCUGGCAUGAGAUUCUACCAAGUUAAAGAUUCACUUUUAGAGGGUAAAACAAUAACUUUACAGAAAACAAAUGCUGGCCGAAUAAAAGUAAAUGAAGCUUCAAUGAUAGCACAAAAUAUACCAGCAACAAAUGGUGUAAUUCAUGUUUUAGAUGGUAUUCUAUAA